UCUUUCCAAUACUUCAGUGAGUGACCGUUUUAAAAAAGUUACAGUGAGAGAAGCAGAGAGGAGAAAACAAAUGAACAAGAUAAGCGAGAUGAGGAACAGUCUUGUUAGGAUUCUCUAAAAAGUGUGGUCUUUGUUCAAUCUAUCUCUACAGUUGAUUUGUUUUUGGUUGCCCUUGCGAGAGCCAUUGAGUCUAACCCAGAUAGCAGAAUCUCAGAGACAGCAUUCAUAGCCGAGGUGUUUGUCUGGUUGACAAGUUUGAACUUUCUUUUGGAUAUAUUCCCAAGGCAUUUCAAUCUUUAGAUCUACGAAGCUUUUCUGGGUAAUCAAUUACAUACCAAUGCAUCAUCAAAAUACUUCUCGGAGCUCCGGAAAAAUACGAUUUUGAUCCAUUCCCAUUUCCCCUCUUGUGAACCUUUUAUAGGAUAGUGAUUGAGAUCAAAGGAGGGGUCUGAAAAGUUAGGAUCCGAGGCCAUUCCUUUGGAAGGGAAGAGCGUUGGCUUGGCUUUAGCAUGCAAGUUGGCUCCUGCAAAAGGAAGGAGCGUCUCACCGCAUUAGAAUAGAAUAAACCCCUCAAAGCACAAUAUGCAAGACAUGAAGCAGAGGCAGCAUCAGCAAGAUAAGGAAGAAUCCAAGAAGAAGGAGCGUCACAUUGUCUCUUGGACUCAAGAGGAGGAUGAUAUUCUUAGAGAGCAGAUUAGCAUUCAUGGAACAGACAAUUGGACAAUUAUUGCAUCUAAAUUCAAGGACAAAACAACAAGACAAUGCAGGAGAAGGUGGUACACAUACUUAAAUUCUGAUUUCAAGAAAGGAGGGUGGUCACCAGAAGAGGAUAUGCUAUUAUGUGAGGCUCAGAAGAUAUUUGGCAACAGAUGGACAGAAAUAGCUAAGGUGGUUUCAGGCAGAACGGAUAACGCUGUGAAAAACCGGUUCACCACACUUUGCAAAAAGAGAGCGAAAUACGAAGCCUUGGCCAAAGAGAAUAAUAGUCCUCCAUUGAUAAAUUCAAACAAUAAAAGGAUCAUUUUCCAACAAGUCUACACUACAGAUGCAGCAUCAGAGGCCACAGCAUCAAUUAAGAAGAUAAGGGCCCACAUCCCUGAUGCUUCAGCGAGGAUCGCCUAUGGAGACAGAUCACAUAGACAAUUUGGAGCGCCAGUUAGUCAGCAACCUAGAGUGCCAUUUGCUGUGUUAUCUAAUUUCGAGGAUAACAGCUUGCACCAACGUCCUGUCUGCAGUGCCAAAGUCAGCGGUUACGCCCAGAAUAACAAGACUCAGGGAACAUUCCUGAAAAAGAAUGAUCCAAAGAUAACCAUGUUGAUGCAGCAAGCAGAAUUAUUAAGCUCACUUGCAGUGAAAGUUAAUACAGAGAACAUGGACCAGACUCUUGAGAAUGCAUGGAAGGUUCUGCAAGACUUUCUGAACCGAACAAACAAAUCAGAUCUUUCGAGAUAUAAAAUCACAGAUUUACAGCUUCAAAAUCUCAAAAAUAUGGCGGAGGACAUAAAGAGUGGUCAUGAGGGGAGCCAACCAUAUUCAAGGCAACCGGAGCUACAUGAGGACUCUCCAAGCAGCUCUGAAUAUAGUACAGGAUCAACUAUACUGGCCCAUUCAGCUUUUGAUAAUUUGGAACAUUCACUGCAUCAAAAUGUUGGAACCGAAGGGAAGCCUACAGAAAGUGAGGGGAAAAGAGGAAUUAGUCGUUCUGAGAAGCAAGUUCUUUGUGCUUCGACUGCAGAUCAAGAUAUCUUGCCAUCUUUUGAAGAACAGAUAAACGAUGAUUUCAUUGUUUCUGCCUUGUCAAGUAGAGAGUUCAGUUCCCCUGUUCAAGUUACUCCUCUGUUCAGAUCCUUGGCUGCAGGAAUUCCCAGCCCACAGUUUUCAGAAAGUGAAAGGAACUUCCUGAUGAAAACACUGGGAAUGGGAUCCCCAUCUCAGAAUCAAAGUGCAAAAGCCUCACAACCACCACCAUGCAAAAGAGCCUUACUACAGAGUCUAUAACCAAGAUCCAUCUGAAGUAGAAAAGCUUCUAUGUGCCUUUCCCCCCUCUGAUUCCUUCUCCCUACCUUUGGGAAUCAAACACGCUGAGUACUAUUUUGCAUGGCGAGAUGAGACUACUAAGCUUGCAAGUGCAGAGCUAUAUUCAGCUUAAAAUUUUGCUACGCAUCCCUCUCCAAGAAUGUUAUGGAACAUUCUUGUAAUCUUUAGACAAAUCUAACAGUGCCUUUUACCUCCUCCCUGACACUCGC